AUGGGAGAAGAAACUGCCGGCGGGAUGCUUCCCGCCGACGAGAUCCAGUCCCCAGCCAAACAUCCCCACAACCCAACCGCCGGCGAGCGGAGAAAAGGCGGCUUAAAAACUAUGCCAUUCAUCAUAUCAAAUGAAACUCUGGAGAAGGUCGCCAGCGUGGGUCUCCAAGCCAACAUGAUCUUCUACCUCCAGAAGCAGUACCACCUCACAAAUUCCACCGGCGCCAACGUCCUCUUCCUCUGGGGCGCCCUCUCCAAUUUCACCCCGAUCUUCGGCGCCUUCGCCUCCGACUCCUACCUCGGCCGCUUCCGCGUCAUCGCAAUCGGCACCAUCGUCACCGUCUUCGGGAUGAUCGUACUCUGGUCCACCGCCGUCUUCCCGUCGGCCCGGCCAAACCCAUGUCAGCAAUUGACGCCCGGCACGAAACACUGCGACCCGCCGGAGCCGGCCCAGCUGUUCCUGCUCUUCGCCUCGUUCGCCCUGAUGGCGGUCGGGGCGGGCGGGAUCCGACCCUGCUCGCUGGCCUUCGGGGCGGACCAGUUCAGCGACCCGGCCGACCCGAACAACGAGCGGACCCUGCAGACGUUCUUCAGCUGGUACUACGCGUCGGUCGGGGUCUCGGUCAUCGUCUCGGCCCUGGCCAUCGUCGCGAUCCAGGACCGGUUCGGGUGGAUCGUCGGGUUCGGGGUGCCCGUGGUGCUGAUGAUCCUGUCGGCGGUUCUGUUCCUGCUCGGUUCGCCCGUUUACGUCCGGGUGCCCGGUGACUCGACCCUGCUGACCGGGUUCGGUCGGGUGGUCGCCGGCGCGUGGAGGAACCGGGGGGUGGCGGCGCCGCCGAGGGAUUCGGAUCGGUGGAUUCGUCGUCAGGGGUCGAAGCUUGUCCGGCCGACUGAUAAAUUGAGGUUUCUUAACAAGGCCUGCAUGAUCCCAGGCCCAUCGGACUCCCAAUCAAAAGACGACGACGACAACACCCUCUGCACCGUCCAACAAGUAGAAGAGCUGAAAUCCCUAAUCAAGGUCCUCCCAAUCUGGUCGACCACCGUCAUCAUCGCCGUCACCGUCAGCCAGCACUCCUUCCCGGCCCUCCAGGCCAACUCCAUGGACCGCCGAUUCAUCGGCGAAUUCAAGCUUCCCCCCGCCUCCUACGGCGUAUUCGGCAUCCUCACACUCACCCUCUGGGUCGCCCUCUACGACCGCGUCGUCGUCCCCAUCCUCGCCGGCCGGAUCUUCAACCGGCCGACGGGGAUCUCCAACAAGUACCGGAUGGGGAUCGGCCUCCUCAUCUCCUGCCUGGCCACCGCCGUCGCUGGCGCCGUCGAGCACCGCCGCCGGAAUUUGGCAUUCCGGCAAGGCAUCGCCGACGACCCCGCCGCCAUCGUCGGAAUGUCGGCGAACUGGCUGAUCCUGCAGUACUGCCUGACGGGGCUCGGCGAGGCGUUCAACAUCAUCGGGCAGAUCGAGUUCUACUACUCGCAGUUCCCCGAGAACAUGAGGAGCAUCGCGAUGGCGCUGGUGUCGCUGGGGCUCGGCGUCGGGAAUUUGGUCGGGAGUUUGAUUGUGUCGGUGGUGAAUGAUGCGACGAAGGAGGGCGGCCGAGGGAGGGUGAGUUGGGUUGGGAAUAACUUGAAUCGCGGGCAUUAUGAUUAUUACUACUGGUUGCUGAGUGUGUUGAGCGUGGGGAAUUUUUUCUACUACUUGCUCUGUAGUUGGGCGUAUGGGAGUGAUGAUCGGAAGCUUUGGGAUGAGGCGGAGCUUGCCGGCGGCGACGGCGGUGGUGGUGGGGAAGGAAGGGAGAUGGAGGCGGUUGUAUAA